AUGCAUCUUUGUAUCAAUCUGAUCUUUUUCUCUGCGGCUUUGCAAUUUUUGAAAUCCCUGAAUGCAGUCCCUGCAGGUCUGGUGCACGAUGCGGUUUUGGAUGUCAAGACCAACUUAAAGUACUGUGAUGAAACUGUAUCGCUAGGAUAUGAUCCAGAAGUCGAUUUAGGACGAGAAGCACACCGAGAUUAUUUGAAAAGAGUAGAAAAAUCCAAGCCCGUUGUAAUCAAAGAUAUUCGUGGCUCCGAAGAUCAAUUCAAAUGGGACGUCCACGGAUUUGCCUACGUCAAGGACAAAGUCACAGGGCUUGAAGAGUGUAAGAAUGACCAAGAUUAUGAUGAACUGCUUAGUCCAGCCGCUGAAGAGCUAGUAAAAAAGAUAACCAAUGCCGAUGCAGUGUAUGCCUUCAAUUCUCGAGUUCGAGAUCAAGAGCCCAAUUCAGAGGUGGUGGGACACAGUCGAAAUCCUGUGCCCAGUGUCCAUUCUGAUUUCUCGUCGGAAGGUGCCAAAGAAGCUGUAGAAAAAGCCAUUGCCCGUCGCGGACUAGAGAGCAAUGAAGCAAAAGAAUUCAAGGCUUUUGCCCAAGAUGAUAAUAAUAGGAUUGUCAUCAUUCAUCUCUGGAGACCGCUCCAGGUCGUCAAAAGAGAUCCCUUGGCACUUUGUGAUUGGAGAUCUGUUGAGAUAGAAAAUGCACAUGCAUACAGACCGCGAGGUCCUGGACGGUGUGCUUGCGUGCAAUGGCGCUUCAACCCAAAGAACAAAUGGUAUUAUCUUAGCCAGCAAGCACCAGAAGAGGUGGCCAUGUUUGUGCAAUACGACAGUGCUGCUGAAGGACACAUGACCUUACCCCAUGCAUCAUUUGAAGAGUCAAAUGCCAAAGCUUCACCAGCAAGAAAAAAUGUUGAGCAGAUGCAUUCGCGCCGUGAUACAGAUUGA